GAUGAAGUUCGAGGAUGAGAGACGCCUGUUGCUCGAACUCGUUUUCAGUGCAGUGAUGAACGCCAACGAGUGAUUAUUACUAGGAGUGAGCAAUGCACAUGGCCGAAUCAUAAAAACUGCUCUAAGCUCUCUGAAUGCUUGGAACGAACACACUGAGGGAUCAAGUUCAACUUGAUUGGGAUUUUCACAAUGUGAGGGUUACGAGGGGAUCACCAACGACUUCGACGUGGGAGCAAUGAAGCUGAAGGAGAGGAUUAUUAUGGCAGCACUAGGCUUCAGUGUUGCCCUGGUGUUAAUUUCCGUCGUUGAAGUGGCAAACCUGCAGAGAUUACCGAUUGACCCCCAAGUGACCAAACCGUCUCAAAUCCAUGGUGUGAUCAAAACAUCGAGUCAAAACGACGCCAAAGAUGCCCCGUUUCAACAAAGAAACCUCCAAAAGACAUCCAUGCAGAGUGGAGACGCCAGUGUUGCCAAUGAUGACAAGUCAUCACCAACUGGAAGCCUUUCCAGGCUGAAACCUGGACCCAGUUCCGUGGUACCUUCAACUAAACCUAAUCCGUAUGCCGAUGAUGGUUUCAGUGAUAUAUUUGAGGCCCUCUCCAAAGUCAUCACAGCCCAAGCGCCUUGGAAAAACAUCCUAAACAAUUUUAAACGAGAUCAGCACAAGAAACCAACGAGUAUAGCUGAUAUGAGUUUCUCUCAGUUACUUCCCAAUUCAACCCUGUGGGAACAAUUUCAACUUGGAAUCACGAACAAGUAUGUUUAUCCGGAAGAUGGAGCUGUGGUGAACAAGCUACUGAGUACCAUGAACACUUUGAAAGUGAUCAGUUUGGAACAAAAGGAGGGUGGAACUCAGUUCAAACUCAUCCUUGACUUUGAAGACGGUGGUCAAGCUCUCUUCAAGCCAAUGAGAUUUCCUCGUGGGCAGGAAACCUUACCGAACCAUUUUUACUUCACGGACUUUGAGCGGCACAAUGCUGAAAUUGCUGCUUUCCACUUGGAUCGUCUCUUGGGAUUCCGUCGUGCCGUUCCAGUGGUUGGGCGUCGGUUCAACAUCACCUCGGAAAUCUAUGAACUUGCCGAGCAAGACCUUUUGAAGACCUUUUUCAUUAGUCCUGCUGGAAAUGUGUGUUUUCAUGGCAAAUGUAGCUAUUAUUGUGAUACCAGUCAUGCCAUCUGCGGAAAUCCUGACAUGCUGGAGGCCAGUUUGGCCGCUUUUCUUCCACCCAAGGCAAUAGCUCCUCGGAAAACUUGGCGUCAUCCGUGGAGACGCUCUUACCACAAACGUCGGAAAGCCAAUUGGGAGACGGAUGAUGAAUAUUGUGACAUUGUCAGAGAAGUCAAGCCUUACGACAAAGGCCGAAGGCUCUUGGACCUGAUGGAUAUGUCUGUGUUCGACUUUCUCAUGGGAAAUAUGGACCGCCAUCAUUAUGAGACCAUCAAGUUGUUUGGUAACCGCACAUACCCUCUUCAUUUGGAUCAUGGACGAGGUUUUGGCAAGGCCAACCAUGACGAGACCUCGAUUUUGGCUCCCUUGUAUCAAUGCUGCAUGAUUCGGUCCUCCACAUUGUCCUCCUUAUAUCGAUUCCAUUCGGGAUCUGUUCCACUCUCCAAACUCAUGGAAGAGGCUCUGGAUCAGGAUCCGUUGAAGCCAAUUCUUCUCAAACCUCAUUUAUUGGCCUUAGAUCGUCGAGUUGGGAUGAUACUUCAGGUGGUGAGAAGCUGCUUAGAAGGAGCUGAGAAGAUCUCAGAUGUGAUAUUUUCUCAUGAUGACCUGUAUUCAAGUGGGAACGAAGGCAUUGAGGACAAAAUGUGGAGCUAACGUGGAGCGAUCUCUAGUCCCAUCAUGUGUGAUCAGGGCAGGAAACCAAAUAUUGAUGGUCCGACCUUCAGCACGACAAAAAGUCAUCUUCACUUCAAAGCAUCGUCAUGACUGUGAUAUUCAAAUAUAUGGAUCAAAAAUAUAAGCGAAAGUCGAUCUACUACAA